AUGACUGCCAACCCAACGGGCAAUGCACCCGGUGUCGAGGGUAAAGCAACUGUUAUCCCGAGCCACGAGGUAAUUAAUUCUUUCAAUGAUGAGAAGCAUGACCUGGCUGUCAGCGAUGAAGCGCUCGACAAAAAAGGUGCGCUGGAACCAAAAAUCAAGGCUGGAUUGCCUCCCCACGACGGCAGUGAGGACGAGGACGACAAUCACAUUAUCAUCACCGGAGCCGACGCCGCUGCCCAUUUGCUGCCGUUGCGAGAUGACUUCGAGCCCGCUUUAACAUUUCGGAGCAUCUUCCUGGCCACCAUUCUGUCAGCAUUCCAAGCUUUCAAACCCACUUUAGUCACUAUCCAAGGAACUUUUAUCGUCUUAAUGGCCUAUUUCCUGGGCAAGGCAUGGGCUAAAGUUCUUCCCCGAGGAGAUAAGUUUGAAGCUAAAUGGAGAGCGGGAGGUGGCGUUGGACUGGCACCCUUGCACAUCCGGAUCAUAUCCUUCUUUAACCAUGGUGAUUGGAAUAUCAAAGAACAUGCCAUCACAUCAAUCACGGCUACCUCGGCGUCUAUUGCUGCACCUAGCAGUCAGGUUUUCGCUGCCCAGGAAAUAUUUUAUUCGCUACCACUCAGUCCCAUCACUGUCAUCUUCAGCACCAUUUCGAUCGGACUCUUCGGCUAUGGUAUCUGCGGCCUUAUGCGACCUAUUUGUGUGUGGCACGUUGAUUCGGUGUACUGGAGUAGUCUACCAACAGUCAAGGUACUUCAAGGUCUACACUGGCAAUCGGUUAAAGACUCUAAGCCUUUGCGCUGGUUCUGGAUCGCCUUCUCGUGCAUGUUUAUUUAUGAGUUCUUCCCAGCGUAUAUAUUCCCUUGGUUGAACUCGGUCUCAAUUCCCUGCUUGGCUGCCAUGCAUGCAACAGGCUCCAAGGCCGCCAUUCUUACCAACCUUUUUGGUGGCGCGUCCAAUAAUGAAGGUCUGGGACUCUUCACCUUGUCUCUCGACUGGCAAUAUUCAUCCCUCCCGCUCAAACUACAGCUGCAUCAAGCUGCAGGUUUUGGUUUCUGCAUGGUCGCCAUGCUUGCAAUCUACUAUGGCAACGCUUGGAACUCGAGAUCACUGCCAUUCAUGUCCACACGGCUUUUGACAGAGGAGGGCAAGGCUUAUCCUAGCGCAAAAGUCUUCGUUAAUGGCGUGCUCAACAAGAGCGCGUUGGCCGCCUACGGCAUCCCCAGACUGACCGGCACCUUUGCCUAUGCCAUGUUCAUGGCAAACGCUGCGAUUGGUGCUCUUAUCGCUCACAUUGUUCUCUUCUGGGGUGGCGAUGUGGUCAGAGCCUUCAAGUCAGCCAAAGCAGGCAAAUUUGGCGACCCUCACCACGCGCACAUGGCCAGGCACUACCGGGAGGCACCUUGGUGGUGGUAUAUGAUUGUUCUUGUCGUUAGUUUUAUACUCGGCCUGAUAGUCGUCAUCAAGGAGAACGUCACCCUGCCAGUAUGGGCUUACAUUGUAGCUCUCCUCCUGGGAACUUUUAUUUCGCCCUUUAGUACGAUACUGUACGCGCGAUUCGGUAACGGUAUUGCGACUAACAAUCUCUCUAAGGUGAUUGCGGGUCUCAUGUUGCCUGGACGUCCUAUCGGUAACAUGUACUUUGCUGCGUGGUCCCACAACGUAAUCAAUGGUGCAGUGCAACUUAGUAUGGACCUCAAACUUGGAGAAUAUCUCAAAAUCCCUCCACGGGUCAUGUUCUUGACGCAAAUCUAUGGCACUCUUCUUGGCGGCUUCAUCAACUAUGCCAUCAUGAUCUCGAUCGUUACUGGUAACCAGAACGUCCUUGCUAAUACCAAUGGCGACUCAUCAUGGAGUGGUGCGACGAUUCAAUCGUACAACACCAAUGCUUCCACUUGGGCUCUCGCAGCCUAUCUCUAUAAACAGGGAGCUAUAUAUUCGAUUGUUCCUUUCGGUCUUCUUAUCGGUGCCGGCGUUGUCGCGGCGCACCGGAUCUUCGCACACUUCGUUCCUAAAAUUGGCAAAUUCUCUGUCAACGAGAUCAACUUCCCGCAAUUCAUACAGUAUGCGGGCUAUCUUCCAUAUAACCAGUCGCAAACGUGUGUCUUGCUUAGCUGGAUUAUUGCUGGGUUCUAUACGCAGUUCUACCUCCGCAACUAUCGACCGCGUAUCUUUAAGGAAUACUCGUACCUCAUCGCUGGUGCCUUCGAUGGUGCAAGUCUUACGUGCUUAUUCAUUCUUUCGUUUGCUGUCUUUGGCGCGGGAGGACCGGCGGUCCCUAUGCCUAGUUGGUGGGGCAAUAACGUCUCCGGAAACUAUGACCACUGUCCCGUCGCAAACUAG